ACUGAAGUAUCAGUCCAGGAAGCUCCUGUCUCCCUUGCUUGUUGGGUUGGAAUCCCAGUUUACCUAGAUUUCAUAGUAAGUUUUAACUAUCACAGACUGAAGUUUAUCAGUCACAGAGGUCCAGGAGCUCCUGUCUCCCUUGCUUGCUGGGUUGUCUCAAGCUCCCUCCCUUGCUUCUGGGUUCCCAUUGUUUUAACUAUCACAGACUCAGUGCUCUCCCUUGGUGGGUUGGAAGUUUCCCAGUUUAGCUCCUGUCCCCCCUGGGUUGGAAUAGUUUAUCUAGUUUUUCAUAGUAAGUUUUAACUAUCACAGACUGAAGUAUCUUGCUUCUGGGUUGGAAUCCCAGUUUUAGAUUUCUGGGUUAGUAAGUUUUGGGUUGGAAUCCCAGUUUAUCUAGUUUUAAUCCAGUUUUAACUAGAGUAUCAGUCCAGGGAGCUCCUUUCUCCCUUGCUUGCUGGGUUGGAAUCCCAGUUUAUCUAGUUUUAAUAAUAAGUUUUUAACUAUCAGAGACUUAAGUAUCAGUUCGGGGAGCUCCUGUCUCCCUUGCUUGCUGGGUUGGAAUCCCAGUUUACCUAGAUUUCAUAGUAAGUUUUAACUAUCACAGACUGAAGUAUCAGUCCAGGGAGCUCCUGUCUCCCUUGCUUGCUGGGUUGGAAUCCCAGUUUACCUAGAUUUCAUAAUAAGUUUUAACUAUCACAGACUGAAGUAUCAGUCCAGGGAGCUCCUGUCUCCCUUGCUUGCUGGGUUGGAAUCCCAGUUUCCUAGAUUUCAUAGUAAGUUUUAACUAUCACAGACUGAAGUAUCAGUCCAGGGAGCUCCUGUCUCCCUUGCUUGCUGGGUUGGAGCUUUGGAAUCCCCUAGAUUUUAAUAAUAAGUUUUUUCACAGACAUAGAUUUCAUAGUAAGUUUUAACUAUCACAGACUGAAGUAUCAGUCCAGGGAGCUCCUGUCUCCCUUGCUUGCUGGGUUGGAAUCCCAGUCUAUCUAGUUUUAAUAAUAAGCUUAAACUAUCGUAGACUGAAGUGUCAGUCCAGGGAGCUCCUUUCUCCCUUGCUUGCUGGGUUGGAAUCCCUGCAGUUUAUCUAGUUUUAAUAGUAAGUUUUAACUAUCACAGACUGAAGUAUCAGUCCAGGGAGCUCCUGUCUCCCUUGCUUGGUGGGUUGGAAUCCCAGUUUAUCUAGUUUAAAAGUUCCAGGUAUUAUAGACUGAAGUAUCAGUCAAGGGGGCUCCUUUCUCCCUUGCUUGCUGGGUUGGAAUCCCAGUUUUUCUAGUUUUAAAAGUAAGUAUUAACUACCAAAAAAGUAGUAGAUUGAAGUAUCUGUCCAGGGAGCUCCUGUCUCCCCUGUGUGCUGGGUUGGAAUCUCAGUUUAUCUAGUUUUUAAAAACAACUUUAAAGACAUUGACCUUGUUAAGUUUAUCUAAAGAUUAUAGUGACAUAAUUUGUUUUGCUUUAUAAACAUAUAAAUAUAAAAUGUAUAACCUCUAUUGCUACUACAGGUUAUUGAUGAUUACUUUUCUUAUUUUAUUGUAUUUUAUUUGUUUUGUAACUGGAAUACCUGUAAAGUGGUUGGUUUUUUAUAGUUGCAGCUUUUGAAAGGCAUCUGCAAUGAGAUACAUUUUUAUAGCUUAGCAUAUGACACAAUAGACAGUAUCAUUGUAUUAUUGUAACCAAGUUGUAUAACAUGUUAUUUAAAUAGUUAAACUUCCCAUGUAACGGUACAGGGUGUUAGUUCCUCCCAAUUCUUUGCUGCAUAUGGAUAACAGUUGACCUGGUGUAUAUUUCCUUACAUAAAUACUAGAGGUAAUCAUUGAUUACAGAUCCCCAUUUGUCUCUUCAAAAACAAAAUCAAGUGGAGAGGAGCCCAGUUUCCUUCCCUGAUAAAAUUUAUUGGGGCGGCUAAUUGGCAGUUGCCUGUAAUAGCUCAAAAAUUCCUUGCUAGGUUGGAAUCCCAGUAAGUAUAUAUUGUGUAAUUAAAGUUUUUAUGUAAAAGAAUAUAUCAUAGGGCAUCAAACAUAAUGACCAUGCAUUCUUAUCGUUGUUCUCAGAGGUUUGACACUGGUAUUCCUUUGCAUGUUUGAGUGGGGUAGCAUUAUGUCUUAUACCAUUUACCAAACGGUUUUAAUUUUAGGUUGUUUGACCAUGAUCACUGUGUUAUGCUAGAACGCAUAAUGUUAAUAAACAAAAUAAACAUAUUUUAAUAUUGUACCUUUCUUGAUUCUUGUUGGUCAAAUCUUUUAAAUUGUGCCGCUGAUCUCUUGGCAUAUCUCUAAAUGAUUAAGAAAUGAACUCAGUUUACUUACGGUCUGAUACUAACAAUCUAAUAGUCCAAAGCCCACAGGUUGUGUUUCCAAUUUAAAGAGUUACAAUUGACUGUUGCAGGGGAAGUGUGGUUUAAGGUUAAUUAGGUGGCCAAUUGAGUUAAGGGGUAUAUGAUGGUAUUACCAGGGAGCCAUGCCCUUCUAAACAUCAAACAUAUGUGGGCACUGGACUAAUACACACCAUUGGCAUCUUCCAGGGGUAGAACCCUGCACCAACCAGGAAAAUGUGUCAGAGGAAACAAUGAGUCAUGCAUAUGGAUCAUCAGAAUAACAAUGCAUCAUCGUGUUACAAUUUCUCAUGAGAUAAGUUUUAUUUGUACUGUACUGUGCUGUAUACUGGGUUGCUAAAAAAAAUUAGUAAACUACCAGUUAUGAACAAGGAAAAUUGAGUCUUCAUGGACAGCAAUAACUCAAACCUUCACUAAAAAGGACUGCUUUUCAUAUCCCUGAAUUCUGAGUUUGAGUUAACAGGGUUCUAGUGUACCAUUAAGAGUUCCCUCUGGUUAUAACAGUUCGAUAUGAGGGCUUUUUUUUUCAUUAAGAAGCCUUUAACCAGGGAAUUUUGUCUUGUUUAAUUUCCCUCACCCUUGUUUAAAAAUUUGUCAACUGGGCACUGCCCAGUUUUACAAUCCCCCUUAGAUGUCCCAGGGUCGUAUCCCAGGGAAAAGCCAAUGACAUGUGCGUAAGGGGGCCUUUCAUUUAGCUUAAGUAUUAUUUUACAAGCUCAUAGAGUUGUUUUGUAAAGGUCUGUGUUAAAACUAGGCAGGCAGAUUGCAAAAUCGAUUAGAAGGUGUUAACUUUUAAUCAUUAAUUUCAAUUAAGGUUUUGAAUAGCUGAAAUCCAAAAAUUGCCAAAAGAACAGUGAGAAACGUGACAAAAGCAACUUUUUACCUCUUUUAACCUCCGGCCAAGUUUCAGCAUUGUUUUAUGCGCCAAUCAAAGAGCGGAAAGCAUGAAAUACGCGCAUGACCUUGUUGUGAACCAUUUUGGAUGUCAUAUUUGGGAUGUGAGGAAAUUGUCAAUUCCUUCGCUUAAAUCUACAUAUUUCCCUUUAUCGAUUGUUUAUUGCUUUUAUUCAAUGUAUUUUAUCAUCGAAGUGUUCAUGAAAUUCCCACUGCAGCAAUCGGAGUGAUAAUGAAAUUCCCACUACAGCAGUACUUGCUGCUGUCCUCAUCAUGUAGUGGAGUGGCCAUGUGGACAAGCAGGACUGAAGCAAUUGUUAUGUUGCCAGGAGGAGACUGCAAUUAAGGGGGGCUACUCGCUUUGACUUUUCUACUGCACCUUAAUAAAAUUUAUAUUCUCCACCACAUAGUGUUUAGAUUGAACCGCUUAGAGCAAAACACAGGUCAAACUUCUUUAACUAGGUGAAUGCUAGUGUACCACCCUUGAUAUAUAUUCCAAUUAAGCUUUAUUGUACUGGUUCACUUUCUAGAUUAGCGUCUUCUUCUUUUGGUUUCUUUGCUUUUCUUUUUUAAUUUCUGUUACUUUUUUAAACUUUAUUUAUUUUUGUCAGGGGGCCAUUGUGAAAAUAAUUAGAAAAUGGUUUCAUUGCGCAUGAAUUGUAAUUGUCAUUUUCUCUUUCGUUACAUUUUCAGUUAGCCUCCCCGCAGACGUCCUUUGGGAUUUGUUUGUCAAAUGAACCCCAAAGGACGUCUGCGGGGAGGCUAAUUCUCAGUGUAUUUUGAAUAAAAAAAAUUUUAAAAAGUAAAAAAAAAAAAAACAGUGACGAUUCAAGUUCUGAAAAUUAAUCAAGGAACUAAAUUUGAAAUCUGAUUGUUCUUUGAUUGCUUGAAGCUACUGUUUAACGUCUUACUAGUUCGACUACGUAAGUAUGGUCAUGCUGGGAAGCAGGGAAGCAAGUCAGUCGCACCGUGCUUUGGGUUUUAAGGCACACAGGUGCGAUUACACAUGAUUUUUUGGGCGCACAAUCAAAAAUCCAGUCUCAUAUGCGACCAGUUAGUCGUUAACUUUGAGCCCGACCCACUGAGGUCAAGUAUUUCUUUGAAGUUAUUCACUGACAAGUUAUUAGUUUUCAAACGAUCACGGGCUCAAGUUCAAUUUUUUAAAAUGCAUAGGAAGUAAGUUGCGUUUAUGAGCUGCAUUAUUAAAAUUUGGAUUUAAAACUGACCUCUUAGGCAAAAAUUCAGCUGGUCCAGUUGCUUUUGACUUUUCUAACCAAAGUCAUGCAUUAGUCAUGCUCUACGUCCAAUUUUUAUGCAAUUUUUAAGUGAGUUCAUGUGGAAAAUUUAUGCAGCAUAUGGAAACUUGCUUACUGAUGGCUGAAGCUGACAGAUUUUUGUGUCAUCUUCUGAUGUUUUCAACUGUCUUUUCCACUCAACGAACACAAUGAAAUACAGCUUCCAUCAAGAUUCUUCUGUUAUUCAUUGCUUGUUUGUUUAUUGGGUUUCUAGUUGAGAAGUCCGCUGCUUGUCAAAGUCAUCAGAAAUCAGCCUGAAUGGCACCGUUUUCGUUUUUCACCUUGCUUGAUACAUAACAGGGUUGAAAAGUCACAAGCGAUUCCGGCCUUACUUGAUGGCUUCCAGGAGCUGCAUCUUGACGGAUAAGCCUGAGUAAUCAUUGUAUUUGAUGUUUGUUUUUUUUUCUUUCAUGAAGGUUUUAUGAGGUUUCAUGAAGAUGAGCGUAGUUCAUGAGGCUAUUGCAUGCACGUUUCUAAUGACAAAGACAAUUGACCUAGUAUCAGGUUUGAAAUAAGCUUACAGAACUUUACAAAGCCUUUAGACAUUUUCUGACCUCAAAUAGAAAGAAACUGUUCCGAAGAAUUCUUAGCUAUAAUUUUGGCUGUAAAAAGAAAGCUUUGAGCGAUUUUCUUGCCUCGAGUUCAUGUUGAAAAAUAGCAAACACCAAGAAGCCAGCUUAAAACAUUUUAACUAUGCAAGCUUUUAAGUUAUAAGCUUAUUACAUGACUCAGGAUUUUUAGAGACACUUUAAUCUCAAUACUUGUCUUUGUGAAGGAAAAUUGUUGUCUCUGUAAAAUAUGUUUCACUGAAUUAUAUAUAUUUUUUAUUGUUAGUAGGCUCUCUUGCAAUUUUAAUUGCUGUGCCUGUUGUUUUCAGUCAUUCAAGAACAUCGCUUGCAGGAGUACUUAAAAUGCUGUGCAUAUCAAACAUUAAAAGCCCCUGCAUACCACAUAGGAGCAGAUUGUUCUGAUUCAACAGUCCCGACAUUAUGGAAUUCUCUUCAUGAAAACGUUUUAUAAUGUGUGAUAAAAAACAGCGCCUCAUAGUACUGUGUAUCUCAGAUGUGAUGUAUAAAAGGCUGGUUUACUCGCCACCAGAUUUGUUGAAAGAUUUUGUAAAGUAAACUUAAUGUCCUAUCUUUUUUUUUAUUUUGGCCUCCCUUUUAGACAAAGGAAUACAAACUAUAAAUUACAACACGUGUAACUGAUUGGCUACAACCGACGACCGUCUAUCAUGUCUUAUAACCAGCCUUUACAGCAUAAAAUUAAAUUUUGGUGCUGUCCAAUUAACUUUAUAAAAUAAAUUGGUGAAAAGGUGGGCAACAGGGUUAUUUUGUUUGGAAAGAAUUUGUUUUCCAGCCUUUUCAGGCCUAAUUUUCUGUGAUCAAGAGCCACUGUUUGCAAAUUACUUUUUCUCUAAAAUCACUUAGCCUUUCCCUCAAAAGUCACAUGAAUGUGCCCUAAAGUUAACCGAUUUGUGGAUAAUUUGCAAAUUAAUUAUUGUUUAAUUUAAAUUAUAAAUUUAUAAAUGAAAGCUUCGCUUUUAGCCCUGGCUAAAUCUAUAUAUAAUAUUAUUAAGCUUAUGUAUAUACCUUUAUGUCGGUCCAUUCUACUGAACUUGUUUAGUAUUUUGGUUUUUAUAACGCACAGUCCUUUCUCGACACUGUUGUGGGUAAAGCUUGAAUUAGGCCCGCCUCCGCCAUAUUGGCUGGGACAACAUUAGACCCUGGGACGGUUUAUAUCACAGGGAACCCACACAAUCUGUUUGUUGGUUCUCGGGAGUAACGUAUUUUCAAAACGUUCUAUUAACUUACCUAAUGUCAUAUUGGUGUCCUUUUGCUUCAAAAGAGGUAAUUUCAGCGAUUUUUUACGAUUCUGAGUUCGCCUGGACAACUGCGUAAAAAGUGAAAAAGAAAAGAGUUACCAAAUGAGCCUUUUUCAAGUUUGUGGUAACUUGAGAACAGUCAAGAUCCUGAGUACGUACUCGUAACUCAUUUAAGUCACUUAGGAAAGAUCGUGAUCAGAGCUGUUACAAGCACUUACCGUUUUAAAAAUCCCCUGGUUUAGUUGGGUCCGCUUCUGUUAAAACACUAGUGAACAAGACAGCGAGGAAAAUUAGACUCCCGUUUUUGUCUUAUCUGUUGGACUGAGAAAGAUAUAUAGUCGUAAAUUCAGUAAAGUAAGUUGUAAGAAUUGUACAAAAAGACAGAGAAACAAGGAGGUAAGCUAAAAGAAGUGGAUGUGUUGUUACAGGCACUUACGUUUUAAAAUCAUUUCAUCGUUUUGGUUCCGCUCGUUUUGAACAACUUAUGACUGCACUUCAGUCUUAGAUUGAGUUACCUAAAUUGAGUAAACAAAACAAAAAUUAUGUACUGAGCAAAACAACGUACCGGAAUUAAAAGAAACCUGACCCUAUUUUAGACAAAAAAAAAUUGUCAAUUUUCACUCCUGUUUUCAGACGUGGCCGCUAAAGUUCAUACCUCUCGGCAGAAAUUAUGCCAAAGAAUUCGCAUUUUUCUUUUUCUUUCUUCUUCAUUUGGAAUUGAAACAACAAAUACGUUCUUACACUCCGGUAAUUCCCUCGAAAACCAUACCCGAUUCCAAACCAAAAUGAGCAAAGUGUGAACCGUUUUUAAUAGACCGAAAAAGCGCAAAAAAAAAAAAACACUCUUUGGGGUGGCACAUACCUAUAUGGCUGAUAUAAGGAAAUAUCUCCUGGGAGAAAAUCCAAAUAUCUUAGAAAUUCUGUCCGCGGGCCUGGGUGCCCUCUAAAUACUUCAUUUGGCCGUGAGACACUGAAAAGGAAAGAAUUGGUUUGAAGGGUUGAUAACCAAACAGUGCAGAGACCAGUAAUUAAAAAGACAUUCAGAAGACUCUCGUCAGGAAGCGAAAACGGAAAUGAUUUUCAUUUUAGUAUGAAUGUCAUGAAUGGUAGCAGGCUAAGAAGAGAACUUGUCACAAUUUAAUUUCUACUUUUUAUUCUCUAACACCCAUGUCCUAUUUUGCUGUUAUAUGUGUUUUACGUUUAGGGGGGGAAUCUGGUUAAACUUUGGGGGAAAUCAGUAAUGUUGAUUUGGGAAGGAAUUUAUGAAGGUAGAAUAGGUUUACACAUAACUGAACCAGUUAGUCCGCUAAUGGGAUCAGAGGCACCUUGUUGUGGUGGUGGACUAUGCGGUAAUUGUCUACUAAUUAUUCACUUCAUAUUUUAAUUUUCAAAAACCCCCAAAAUCCAAUAUUGUCUCAUUUUCCCAAAAUUUUAAACAUAUCCCCCGCUAAAUUUUACACGUUAAAACUCGAUAAAACGAUCGAAAAAUCAUCCAAAAAUUCACAAAUAAUUAUCAAAUUAACAAGUCUUUUAUCACCAUAUUAAAACCUUUUUUUAUUUCUCUGUCAGAUGAUUGUCCUUGUGAAGGUGACUUUUCACUUAGUUACCUUUACAAAUCUCUUGUUGUUUUCCUUCUACCAAUGA